UGUUGCGGGCUGCUGCUGUUGCUGUCGUGGCGUGGCUGGUCGCGCCAGGCGGGGGAACUUCACCACACUGGAGCCCGGAGUCCCACUCUCUCACCUGCGCAGUUCGGAGCUGCCAUGGGUCUCUCGCCUGGAUCUACUGUCCUGAUCCUUCUACCGGCCUUCCUGCUGCACACCAGCGGCCUCCACAUCGCCAGUAGCGUCGACUCCCUGCAGCACGUCCUGGGGGAGUAUGGACUGGCGAGGCCGAUGAGUGUGGACGCGGAGGGCCGCUUCCUGUCGCACGCCGUCUCGGCGGGCCGGGUGGCAGGAGGGCAGCCCCGUAGGCGCCAGAAGAGGGAGGUAGGAGGAGGCAAUGAAGAGUGGGAAGGACCGAGCGGGGUCGAGAGGCUCUACUACAACGUCACCGUCUUCGGCCGGGAGCUCCACCUGCGCCUGCGCCACAACGCCGGGCUGGUGGCCCCCGGAGCCAAGAUCGAGUGGCGUGACGACGACGAUAGCACCCGGCACUUUGAGAGGCUGCAGGACGACUGCUUGUACGUGGGGGACAUCAGCGACGCGCCGGGGGCCACCGUGGCCCUCAGCAACUGUGACGGCCUGGCGGGCAUGAUCAGGACGGAGCAAGAGGAGUUCUUUAUCGAGCCAGUGGAAAGAGGCGACGGGGCGAUCGAGGAGGAGGAGGGGGCAGCGGGAGGAAGGUCGCACAUCGUCUACCGCUCCUCGGCCAUAAAGAAGGCGCCCGUCGACAGCACGGCGGGAGACUCCCACUCCAGAGGUGCAGAUCUUGGUGGUCUAAUGGACCUGGAGUCCCUCUAUCGAGGCGUGGAGCAGAGCAUCAACCACACGCGUGCGGGUCGCGCUCGCAGGCAGAGCAUGGACCGGGCCUACAACAUCGAGGUUCUGCUCGGCGUGGAUGACUCGGUGGUCCAGUUCCACAAGAAGGAGCACGUCCAGAAGUACCUGCUGACGCUCAUGAACAUCGUGAAUGAAAUCUACCACGACCAAUCUCUGGGAGCCAAAAUCAAUGUGGUGCUGGUGCGGAUUAUCAUGCUGGGCUACGGAAAGUCCACGAGUCUGAUAGAGCUGGGGAACCCUUCCCAGAGUCUGGAGAACGUGUGUCGCUGGGCCUUUCUGCAGCAGAAACAGGACACCGGGGACGCCGAGUAUCACGACCACGCCAUCUUCCUCACGCGGCAGGAAUUUGGACCCACGGGCAUGCAGGGUUAUGCCCCAGUGACGGGCAUGUGCCAUCCGGUGAGGAGCUGCACUUUGAACCACGAGGAUGGUUUCUCCUCGGCCUUUGUGGUGGCCCAUGAGACCGGACAUGUGCUGGGCAUGGAGCAUGAUGGCCAGGGGAACCGCUGUGGAGACGAGGUGCACAUGGGGAGCAUCAUGGCUCCAUUGGUUCAGGCUGCCUUCCACCGUUUCCACUGGUCCAGAUGUAGCAUGCAAGAGCUGGGACGCUACCUCCAUUCCUACGACUGUCUCCGUGACGACCCCUUCGACCACAACUGGCCGUCGCUGCCUCAACUCCCCGGGUUGCACUACUCGAUGAACGAGCAGUGCCGCUUCGACUUCGGUGUGGGCUACGCCAUGUGCACUGCGCUACAAAAGGCAGGCCAGUCUGGAACGCAGUAUCGCACCUUUGACCCAUGCAAGCAGCUGUGGUGCAGCCACCCGGACAAUCCCUUCUUCUGCAAGACCAAGAAAGGACCGCCCAUCGAUGGCACUAUGUGUGGAAAUGGGAAGCAUUGUUUUAAAGGUCACUGCAUCUGGCUGACACCUGACAUCAUGAAGCAGGAUGGAAACUGGGGCUCCUGGAGUGAAUUCGGACAGUGCUCCCGCACAUGUGGCGGAGGCGUUCAGUUUCGCACACGCGACUGUGACAAUCCAAGACCAGCCAACGGAGGCCGCACCUGCGUGGGGGCGACGUACCAGUUCCAGAUGUGCAACACCAACCAGUGCGAGGACAUCUACAGCGACACGCGAGAGGAGCAAUGCCACGCUUGGGACCCUCGCUUCGAGCAGCCCAGCAACAAGCACUGGCUGCCCUACGAACACCCUGACGCCAACAAGCGAUGCCACCUGCACUGCCAGUCCAAAGAAACCCGGGACGUGGUCUUCAUGCAGCGGAUGGUCCUGGACGGCACGCGCUGCUCCUACAAGGACCCGCACAGCGUGUGUGUGCGCGGCGAGUGUGAGAAAGUGGGCUGUGACGGCGUGGUGGGCUCCUCCAAGCAGGACGACAAGUGUGGCGUCUGUGGAGGAGACAACUCCAGCUGCAAAACCUUCAAGGACACGAUCACUCGCACAGUCAAGAAGCAAGGUUUCCUCAAAGUCCUUGAAAUCCCCAGAGGAGCACGCCACUUACUGAUCCAAGAGCUGAAAGCAACCACUCACAUUUUUGCUGUGAAAAAUGUGGCUUCCGGACUGUUUUUCAUAAACGGGGAGAACGAAUAUCCCGAAUCCAGAUCGGUCAUCGAAAAGGGAGUGGAGUGGGAAUAUGAAAACGACAACAACAAAGAGACGCUCCAAACCACGGGUCCUCUCACACACGGAAUUUUGAUCAUGGUGAAAUUACUUGGAGAUGAGGAUGUGAACUUGUCUUAUAAGUACAUGAUGAACAUGGACAGUGAUUCCUUCAUCCAAAACAACAUUCUGGUGGAGGACAGUGCCUAUGAGUGGGCCCCCAAGAGAUGGUCCGACUGCUCCAAGCCCUGUGGUGGAGGGAAACGGUACUUGCGGUACGGCUGCAGGAGAAAAGUGGACAGUAAGAUGGUCCACAAGAGUUUCUGUAACAAGUCCAACAUGAAACCCAGAGGAGACACCCAAGACUGCAACCAGAAGCCCUGCCCUCCACCCAUCUGGGUGACUGAGGAAUGGCAGAACUGCAGUAAGACGUGUGGAAAGACCGGCAUGCAAGUCCGCUUGGUCAGCUGCGUCCAGCCGUCAGACGACAACACCACCAGAACUAUUCAUAAUAAAUACUGCAACGACGACCGUCCGGAGACCCGCAGACCCUGCAACCGAGACCCCUGUCCAACCCAGUGGCGGGUCGGACCAUGGUCACAGUGCUCCGUGACCUGUGGCAACGGGACUCAGCAGAGGCAGGCCGUGUGCCACACCCGAGACAACACCAUCGGCCUGUGUCUGGACAGCAAGCCCGACACCAUCAGAAUGUGUCGGCUGGAUCCAUGCUCCAAGGGCUCAUCGGACUUCAACAAGAACGGCAACAUCCUGAUCCAGUGGCUGUCCCGCCCCAGCUCCAACUACCACAAGAGCUCCUCACGCCACCGUUGUCAUGGAGACCGCUCGGUGUUCUGUCGUAUGGAGGUGUUGACGCGCUACUGCUCUCUACCAGACUUUCAGCGUCUGUGCUGCAAGACCUGCGGCAAUGUCACAGUCACAGAGUCUCGAGCCAACUUCACAACCACCCCCAUCACUUCCACGCGACGCAGCGUCACAGGGCGUCCGCCCACCAGCCUCAGUCAUUUGUUCACUGCUACCCAGCCUUCUAAAGCUGUAAUCACUGCCACUCCAGAUGUUACCACCAUGACUCAUACUCCCACAUUCAUUCUUACAAGCCAUCAGUCCACCUUGACCUCACUGGGUGCCACAGAAAUAAUCGCCACCCACACAAAAGGAGCUACCAUAUCACCUGUUAUCCCAACCACAUCAGUUGCUACAAACGUUCCCAGAACUACUGCGAAAACCCUUCCUUUGCCUGCCCCAGGAACAGACCAGAGUUUACAUCCAAUGCCACAGAGCACUACAGGUUAUCCAACUACCACUUUCUUUCCCACAAAGUUCACUCCAACCAACAGUACGAGCAUUAACAGUACCAAAACCCCACUACACACCAAGCCCCACAAAAAUGUUGUACCAAAGAAAAGUACCCCAAAAGUAAGUUCACCCAAAAAAUAUCCACACAAAAAGGAGAAUGUGCCAAAGUCCAAUCUCCAAAAGAACACUACCCCAAAAAAGAGUACAUCAACCAGCAAAAAGACAGCCAACUUGCCUCCUAAAAAGACUACACCAGUCAAAACGACAACCAAAAAGACUACACCAGUCAGAAAAACGCCCAAAAAGAUUACACCAGGCAAAAUAACUCCUAAAAAAACUACACCAGUCAAAACAACACCCAAAAAGGCUACACCAGUCAAAACAACUCCCAAAAAGACAACACCAGUCAAUAUGACUCCUAAAAAGACUAUGCCAGUCAAAACAACACCCAAAAAGGCUACACCAGUCAAAACAACUCCCAAAAAGACUACACCAGUCAAUAUGACUCCUAAAAAGACUAUGCCAGACAAAACAACACCCAAAAAGACUACACCAGUCAAAACAACUCUCAAAAAGACUACACCAGACAAAACAACUCCCAAAAAGACUACACCAGUCAAAACAACUCUCAAAAAGACUACACCAGUCAAAACAACUCUCAAAAAGACUACACCAGACAAAACAACUCCCAAAAAGACGAUGCCAGGCAAAACAACGCCUAAAAAGACUACACCUGUCAAAACAACUCCCCAAAAAUUGAAACCGACCGAGACAACUCCUGAAAAUAAUGAACCUGAUAACACAACGACCAAAAAGCCUAUGCCAGCUCACACACAACCCAAAAAGAUAGUCAACGCCUCCCCAAAGAAGUCUCCCCCGGUUAAGAAGCCUACUGAGAAAAAAAGCAAACCCACUCCUAAAAAUAAGACUGCUUUAAAGUCAUUACCCCCAAAAAAUGCAAAAGUUUCAAAGCAAACCCAAACAAAAACAAGCCUGAAAAAGACCUCAAAAAUCGCACAAAGAGUUAGCGUAACCGUUCAGGCUAAACGUAAUGAAAGUCGAAUCCCAGUGGGACAAACGACAACAGCUUCAUAUCACAUUACAUGGACGACUCCAAUCACAAGCACGGAGCUCCCAUCCUCUAGUCCUUCGACCACGAGUGUCUAUAGUACUACCACAAGCCUGCCUUUACCUUGCUCAACAAUCAACACCACGGACAUCACUCAAAAGUCAGCAAGUACAGAUGAAGCUCUUUUGUGGCAAGAAGACAACGCUCGCUUGGGAACCACAACCUCAAGCGAUCUUCGAGACGUCAGUGAAAACCCAUCAUACACAGAUGUCCCAAUGAGCAGCAGCGGGGAAGUCACUGUCAGCCGUGAAGCUAUUCUGAGUGGCGACGGCAUCACUGUGUCUUACAACGUUGCGGAUGCGGCAAGCGACACCACGGUGCUGGAUGGCGGCUUCACUGUGAUGAUACCAACCAUCCACAACGAAGAUGUGACAGAUCUGACUUCCUUGCCCUGGCUGGACCUUUCCGAGUACAUUCCUGUGACCACCCCUGUGACGCCUACAACCUCCGACCCUGCUUCCUCUCUCGCCCACACGACUGAAAAACCUACCGCCGGGACUCCCGUGUUCUCUACGGUGAGCCCUCAGCAAGGGGUAAAAGACAACAAUGACAUCGACGCUCUGUACCACAGGAUCACCAGCGUGGACGCUGACAUUUCUCAGAACAACCUGAUCCCAAAGCGACGCGUCAACCUGAGGGAAAAGACGAGGAAUAAACGUAUUCAGGAGCUUCUGGAGGAGAAGCGGAACCUUCUCCUUAGGAUGAGGAGAGGCCAUGCAGAGCGAUAGAGCACAACUUUCUCAGUUCUCUUAUAGAGACGACCAUUUUUACAGACUUCUUCAAAACUUCACUGUAUUCCCUCUUAUCGGGGAUUCAGCAACAAACUGUCACUAUUGAAACAGUCAACAAAGACCUUUGUGAAGUCGUAGCUUUGGCAACAAACGAGACAAUCCAGAAACUAGCACACAUAUACCUAGUUCAGGGGUCGGCAACCCGCGGCUCCGGAGCCGCAUG